AUGUUCCUGCCGCCACAGUUUCUCGGAGUAAAGCAGAAACCAGACCAAACAUCCAGACAGCAAUAAGCUCAACAUGUACACUUUUCAUGUCUUACUGGUGCUAGUGUGUCUACAGUUUUGUGCUCACACUGCUUUUGCAGCUCCAACUCAGUGCCCAAGCCAGUGCCACUGCCAUGGGGACCUGCAGCAUGUUAUUUGUGACAAUGUUGGGCUAAAGAAGAUCCCUCGCAUAUCUGAAGCCACGCGUCUCCUCAACCUGCAACGCAACAACUUGGGGAAUCUACCAACUGGGGGCUUCAGUGAGAUGAAAGGGCUCAUUUCUCUGCACCUGCAGCAUUGCCAGAUCCGAGAGCUCUCCGGCCAGGCUUUCAAAGGGCUCAACAAGCUCAUCUACCUCUACCUGUCUGAUAAUGAGAUCAGCACCAUUAAACCCGGUGCUUUUGAGGAUCUAACAGAACUCACCUAUCUCUACUUGGACGGCAACCAAAUCACAAGCCUUCCGAAGGGCAUCUUUUCCCCCAUGAUCAACCUGUUCAUCCUGCAGCUCAACAACAACAAGCUUCGAGAGCUGCAGCCUGGUACUUUCAAAGGUGCUAAGGAUCUCCGCUGGCUUUAUAUGAGCGGCAACGAGCUGAGCUCCAUACAGCCUGGUUCUCUUGAUGAAGUGGAGAACUUGGCCAUUCUAACCCUGGACCAGAACAACCUGUCCACAUACCCUCUCCCGGCUAUGAGCAAGCUGCGUGUUGUGGAGGAACUCAACCUCUCCAAAAACCCUCUCAGCCUCAUCCCUGACCAUGCAUUCCGAAGCUUCGGACGCUACAUGGAGAAGCUCCAUCUAAAUGACAUGAGCCUGGAGAAGUUUUCCAAUGCUGCCUUUGAGGGAGUGACGGCUCUCAAAUCUCUGCAUCUGGAGAACAACAAGCUGAGGUCACUACCAAACAGCCUUGAGUUCAGCACCAUCCAAAACAUCACUCUGUUUAACAAUCCCUGGAGCUGCACCUGCCCAUUAACAAACCUCAGAAAAUGGAUGGACACUACUCGUAAUCGCCCAGAUGCAGUUUGCGCUUCACCUGCCAACCAGAAAGGAAAGCAAAUAAGAGACAGCACUGCUUUCACCCGCUGCAAGGGAAAAACAAAGAGGGCCAGGAAGGGGACACGACUUUGAGAUGGAGGACAGGGAGAAGAAUAAGAAGCCUGUCCAGGUGUCAAGACUUCAAUGUGUAGAAAAGGGAAAGAAAUGCUGCCUUCAACAUUGGGACUGUCUAUUUCCUCUUUCACUCUUUUUUUUGUGUGACAUAUAGAUGCGCUGACUCAGUUUAUAGUAUAUAACGUGAAUAGCAUACAUAUGUUUUCGCAGGCAUUAAUGAAACACCCAGAAGGAGCAACUGUGUACACCGCAAAGAAAAUAUGCCUCAAACUCUAAAUAUGCAAUGAUAUGUAUAAAUAUCCUGGUGACAAAUCUAACAUUAGGACAGGACUAGUUCCUACAAAGCAGAAAAAGUUGACUUACGAGAAAUGAUGGAAUUAAUUUGUAUUGUUUUAUUUAGCAACAGAUUUGUUUAAUUGACCCUGACCAAAUGUUUGAAGUCGAUUUUGAAACAAUGUUUAACUCCAUGACAAAGCAUUUCAAUUUAAUUAUAUACACUUCUACUUUUAAAUUCACAUGAAAUCAGAAUUGUAUUUUUCAGCAUAUACUGUAAAUGUAAUAUGAUGCACAAAACAUCUAAAUAUGUUUUAGCAGACUGUUAUUAGAUUGAACAGACUGGACAUUCAGACUGAACUUGAUAUAUUCGACUGAUUUCAUUUUAAACUCCGAUUAUUAAAACACUUAAAAUGAGACAACCAUAUAUAAGCACAACAGAGCAUUUCAUCCUUGGCUUUACAUGUCUCAUCAUGACUUCUUGCAAGGAAUUUUUCUGCCUUUGUAAACAUAAACCUAACCUGACCGUGACUAAAACUGACACAUAUUCAAGAUGUGACCCGACCUGACCUCUUUCCUUACAUCUCUGACCUAAGUCAUAUGCAACAUAGGCCAGGAAAAAAAGCAUGGACUCCAUAUGUCCAUGUAUAAUGCAAUGUAAACACUCUACAGAGGUACAAUAUGCAGCCAGUCAUUAUCAAAAGCACAUUAUGUUUAUAGGAAUUGCUGUAUUUAAAAUAGAUGUGAAGGAUGAUGCAAUUGCCACAGAAGAAGAGGAUUUACAAAGAGCAGGUAAAAUUACAAAGACAAAUGGAUGUUCUCCAGUCUACUGUUAUUAAUUUGUGAUUACAAUGAUUUUAUGCUUAAUAAAACACAUAUAAAACACCAGUAGUAAUGCUUUUUUAAGAGAAUGAGAACACUGCAUCCACUAACAAGUUGGAACAAAACAUCAGUACAACUGGAUAUUUGUUCAGAUUUUGUUACUUUCCCCAUACCCUGUUUUUAAAGGUAUAGUUUGUGCAAAAAAUGAUAAUAUUUAGCUUCUUAGUGUGAAGUUUGAAUAAUCUAGAGAACCUGUUUCAACUAUAAAGAACCUUUUAUGCAAUUUAAAAGGUUUUGUGAAUGUCGAAGUUUCAAUAUGCAACUAUCAAUCACAAUAAAGCACAUUUAUUUUUAAAAA